GCGGGGCGCAGCCGCAGCCACUCUCUGGGAGCGCUCUGCACGCGCGCGGUGCCGUUCCGCACGGCAACCUGCAGAGCCCCGCUAGCUAAAAUCUAAUUUCAGAUUGGACAAGUGGAGGGACCGCAAUGCCCGGGGGAGGUCAGGAACCAGGGAGCUACUACGUGGGUGUGGACGUUGGAACGGGCAGUGUGCGUGCGGCUCUGGUGGACCAGAGGGGAGUCCUUUUGGCUUUCGCAGACCAGCCAAUUAACCAAUGGGAGCCUCAGUUCAACCACCAUGAGCAGUCCUCGGAGGACAUCUGGGCCGCAUGUGGUGUUGUCACAAAGAAAGUUGUACAAGGGAUCGAUGUAAACCGAAUCCGAGGGCUUGGGUUUGAUGCUACAUGUUCUCUGGUUGUUCUGGAUAAGCAGUUUCGUCCUUUGCCAGUAAACCAUGAAGGGGAUUCCCACCGAAACAUCAUCAUGUGGCUGGACCACCGGGCGGUCAGUCAGGUCCACAGGAUCAACGAAACCAAGCACGGCGUCCUGCAGUGUGUUGGGGGCGUGAUGUCAGUGGAAAUGCAAGCCCCGAAGCUUCUGUGGCUGAAAGAGAACUUAAGAGAGACUUGCUGGGAUAAGGCGGGACAUUUCUUUGAUCUCCCAGACUUCUUAUCGUGGAAGGCAACAGGUGUCACAGCACGGUCUCUCUGCUCCCUGGUGUGCAAAUGGACAUACUCGGCAGAGAAAGGCUGGGAUGACAGUUUCUGGAAGCUGAUUGGCUUGGAAGAUUUUGUUGCGGAUAAUUACAGCAAAAUAGGAAACCAAGUACUGCCUCCUGGAGCUUCUCUUGGAAAUGGGCUCACACCAGAGGCAGCCAGAGACCUUGGACUUCCUGCUGGAAUUGCGGUGGCAGCCUCACUUAUUGAUGCCCACGCAGGAGGCCUAGGAGUGAUUGGAGCAGAUGUGAGAGGGCAUGGCCUUGCCUGUGAGGGACAGCCAGUGACGUCACGGCUGGCUGUCAUCUGUGGAACAUCUUCUUGUCACAUGGGGAUCAGCAAAGACCCAAUUUUUGUACCAGGUGUCUGGGGCCCUUAUUUCUCAGCCAUGGUCCCUGGGUUCUGGCUGAAUGAAGGUGGUCAGAGCGUUACUGGAAAAUUGAUAGACCACGUGGUGCAGGGCCACGCUGCCUUCCCUGAACUACAAGUCAAGGCCACAGCCAGAUGCCAAAGUGUAUAUGCAUAUUUGAACAGUCACCUGGAUCUGAUUAAGAAGGCUCGGCCUGUGGGUUUCCUCACUGUUGAUUUACAUGUUUGGCCAGACUUCCAUGGCAACCGGUCUCCCUUAGCAGAUCUGACACUAAAGGGCAUGGUCACCGGGUUGAAACUGUCUCAGGACCUCGAUGAUCUUGCCAUUCUCUACCUGGCCACAGUUCAAGCCAUUGCUUUUGGGACCCGCCUCAUCAUAGAGGCCCUGGAGGCGGCAGGACACUCUCUCAGCACUCUUUUCCUGUGUGGAGGCCUGAGCAAGAAUCCCCUUUUUGUGCAGAUGCAUGCAGACAUUACAGGCAUGCCUGUGGUCCUGUCGCAAGAGGUGGAGUCUGUUCUUGUGGGCGCUGCUAUUCUGGGUGCCUGUGCCUCGGGGGACUUCGCUUCUGUACAGAACUUCCAGGGCUGCCCUGGAGGGAAGGAGAGCCCAGCCCACCCUGAUGGCUUCUUCCAAUAUCACCUGUUCCACCUUCUUCUCUGAAGCGCAGAGCUCUUCUACCCUCAAGGAAGACUUCAUGGAGGAAGUGGCGUUUUAGAUUGACCGUUCCUUCAUCCUUCUGUGCAUUCAGCAAAUAUCUUUUCAGGUGAGCACCACCAACAUGUUAAGCCAGGCACUCCAGUAGGAACUGCAGACAGCCCCUACCCUCAUGUGGUUGAUGGUCCAACGGCAAAGGCAAACAGUAAAGAAAUAUGUGUACAUGUGACCAAUAUACUUGUUAGUGGGGAGCAAAGGAGCUGUGCAGAGUGCAAUGAGAGUGUUUGGAUGGGAUCUGAAAUCUGCAAAAUGUGACUUGUCAUUCCUCCCUUCUAGAAUGGUUUAAACCAGUGGCUUAGGAGGGGUGGGAGAUACAUCGGGUAAGAGAGGUUUGCCCUAAAGGGGAGAUUUUACUACUCAUAGAUUGUUAAUGCAUAUGAGAAUAAAAAAGAGAUGGAUCUUUUAACUGGUUUUAUUAUUAUAAUUUAAUUCUCUAGAGACAGUACACCCCUCCCCUCAUUGCCUAUACCCCAGAUGAACAGCUCCUCCCACCCUGCCCUUUGGUAGCCACCGAGUCCAGGAAAUGGAUUUUACUGCCUGGGUUUGAAUUCUGGACCUACUACUGUUUAUUCAGUGAGUGAUCUUGGGCCAGUUACUUAUCCCCUGUUCACCCCUCUUUUCUUCCCCUGUAAAAUAGAGUUAAUAAUGAUAAUACUCAUCUUUUGCAGUUGCUGUGAAUAUUGAUGAGGAAGUUCAGGUUCCGCAUUCUGGCCUUGAAAAGCUGCUGAGCACUGCCCAACCCCUUCCCCCCCCCCAUCGAAUUGCCUGCCCAAAUCUUAACAC